AAUUAUAAACAAUCAAACACAGUCGCAAAAGCUGAGAGUUUGAUAAGAGCUCUUCACGAGCUACAUUUAUUGCUUAAUUGUACUUUUAUUUGUCAAUAAUAUAGUUUUGUGCAGAUAUUGUACGUCUGGAUCGUAAUUUUGUCGUUUUCAGUUAUCUAAGUGUACAUUUUUAUCGUUUCGCAUCUAAAAAUCAUCAACGCACUGAAAACAUUCUAAGAGAUAAUAUUACAUCAGAUAUCAUGUCACCUGUGGAAGUAUGGGUGGGUCCUUGGAGGCCACACAGACCAAGGGGACCCAUCGCUGCAAUGUAUAACAGUCCAGGGCCAACAUAUGCUCUGCCAGGGGCAACUGGAAUAAACAACCAUGACCCGCGGAUGCAGAAAGGCCCAGCAUUUAGCUUCGGCACACGUCAUCGUGGCUUACAGACCAACUCUUCCCCAGGUCCCAGUUACCUCGUUCCCUCCAACAUCACCAGGGUGGGUCGGGAUGGAACCCCUGCAUACUCUGUCUAUGGCCGACCCAAGGAUAUUAAGCCCUUCCAGACUCCUGGCCCAGGAAGUUACUCCCCUGAAAAUGCAACAAAGACCACUUAUUACUUGGCUCCUGCGUUCUCUCUGUCUGCAAGGACUAAACUGUUCCGUAAUGAUCAAACACCAGGUCCAGCUGCAUACAUGCUUCCCCCAGUAUUGGGGCCAAGAGUUGUGAAUAAAGCAUCCGCCCCAAACGUCUCCUUCUGCAGUCGUAGUGUUAUCGGCAGCUUCCAUGAAGAUCUACGGAAGACUCCAGGCCCAGGGACCUACCAAGUGGUGGAUUCAUGUGUGUACAAACACAAGUCCCCUGAGUACAGCAUCACUGGACGCAACUUCACACCUGGAGACUUUACCAAGAAACCUGGACCUGGAGCCCACCAUCCAGAAAAGGUUACUUUCACAGGAACCAAAGCUCCCAGCUAUUCCUUUGGAAUUCGUCACUCCGAAUACAUCGCUCCCAUAAUUGUGGAUGGGGCUGAUUAAAUGGGUCUGUUCUGUCCUUGUGAAUUCUGUUAAGCAAGUUACGGUCUCUCAUAUCAGGUCUUAAUAUUGCUAAAACAUAACUUGAAUUAAUGGUGUUUCAGUUAAAAAGGCUCCAAGAUGCAUAUUUGUGCUGCUGCCACAACAUGAGAAAUAAGCUCCAUUCCAAAACUAAGUGAACCAAGUCUACCUAGACUAGCAUUUUAACACAUCAGAGACACAAUCUACUAGUUCUUGGUCUGACUGCACCUUGUCGAGUCCAUGUUCUUUCAUAAUGGCAGUCCAAGUAAAAAAACAACAACAAUCCAUAUAUGGAGGUUACCCCCCCCCCCAAAAAAAAACCCAAAAACAAACUAGUUAUACAAUAAUAUCUAAAUUCUCUCAUGUUCACAAAGGCUGCAUUUAUUUGAUCAAAAAUAUGGGAAAAACGGUGAUACUGUGAAAAUAUAAUUACAAUAACUGUUUUCUGUUUAAAUAUAUUCUAGAAUAUGAUUUCUUUCUGUGAUUGGCAAAUCUGAAUUUUUGCAUGUCUGCUCACAAAGUUUUGGAAUGGCAUG